CUGGCCCCGGGACGCUUCCGGUUCCUUUUGGCCUGCCCCGCCCAGGCCCCGCCUCCAGGCCCCGCCCCUCGGCGCGGGAGCGCGCGCGCGCGUGCGGGAGGGGGCGGGUGGGGAAGCAGCGGCGACAAGCUCCCGGAGGCGAGGCUCGCGCGCCCGCCCCCGCCCUGGCCUCAGCGCCCACCCGGUCGGCCCGGCCCAGCCAUGAUCAAGGCCAUCCUCAUCUUCAACAACCACGGGAAGCCGCGGCUCUCCAAGUUCUACCAGCCUUAUAGUGAAGAUACGCAACAGCAAAUCAUCAGGGAGACUUUCCAUUUGGUAUCUAAGCGAGAUGAGAAUGUUUGUAAUUUCCUAGAAGGAGGAUUAUUAAUUGGAGGAUCUGACAACAAACUCAUUUACAGACAUUAUGCAACAUUAUAUUUUGUCUUCUGUGUGGAUUCCUCAGAAAGUGAACUUGGCAUUUUAGAUCUAAUUCAAGUAUUUGUGGAAACAUUAGACAAAUGUUUUGAAAAUGUCUGUGAACUGGAUUUAAUAUUCCACGUAGACAAGGUUCAUAAUAUUCUUGCAGAAAUGGUGAUGGGGGGAAUGGUAUUGGAGACCAACAUGAAUGAGGUCGUCACACAAAUUGAUGCACAAAAUAAACUGGAGAAAUCUGAGGCUGGCUUAGCGGGAGCUCCAGCCCGUGCUGUAUCAGCUGUAAAGAAUAUGAAUCUUCCUGAGAUCCCAAGAAAUAUUAACAUUGGUGACAUCAGUAUAAAAGUGCCAAACCUGCCCUCUUUUAAAUAAAUAUUAAAAAGGCCACUCCCAGGUAAAACCCAGAGGGAAAGUCAUCUAAGUUUACCAUGCAAUUGUUUACCAAAAAUAGAGGAGGAGAGUCUUAACUUUGCUCUUGGAUUUAAGUCAAGGUACUGUAUAGAAGCUGCAUAAAAUCAAUAUGGAAGUUCAAUGUUGCUUUUCUUGCUCAGUGAUUUUAAAGAAAUUGACUAGUUCCCGUGUGAUUUUUUUUUCCUUUUCUAAAUUGCAUUCCUAUGCCCUCAUAAAGGCAUGCCUCUAUAUAUUGGCUAUUACAGUAUUUCGAAAAGUGAGAUGUUUCUUUAAUUAUGUACAACCCAAGAUGUUGAUGUUUUGUAUGGAUCACAAGUGCAGCAUUCUCUAAUUCUUUCUGCUGUUUGUCACAAUUGUUAUUUAAAGAACCAAGUAUGUAUUGCAUGAAAACAUGACCUUUUCUUUAGUUUAAAUAAACUCCAAGGUAACUGGACUUCUAAAGUACCUUUCUGUUUUGCUUGGUAUCUACUUUAGCAAUAAUUUUUUUUACAACCUUCUGACUCAACAAAGUAAAUAAAAGUCUAUUUUAUCACUGUUAAGCAGCUGUUAAUGUUGACUUUUUCAAUUCACACUCAUGUUUUUACUCCUCAGAGGCUCACCGAGUCAUUCAGAACCUGCUGUGUCACAGAGAUCCAGUGAUGUAGCUCAACAUGUUUAUUUUGUAUGACUUAAGUAGGAGAUUGUGUGUCUUUUUCAAAAGUGUUAAAGAAAUGUUUUGUUUUUCUAUAAAUACCCUUGCCUUAAACUCUUGGCCUUACAUUCUUGCCCAGAUGAUGAACAGUGAUGUCAGCAGAUAGCUGUUUGUAAGAUUGCACAUAGAGUUAUAAAGUCAUAGCUAAACCAACUGUUGAAUCUUGAUUGGUUGGUUUUGCCUUUUGAGUUCUGGCAUAUGGACUAAUUUCUUGUUGGCUCAUAUCUUCACGUAUACUCUUCCUUCAGGAACUUAGGGUUCAUUCCCUAGUUAGACCAUGGUUUCCAUAUAGUUCUCUUUCCAGACAUGUUUUCUUUGAAGCACUUCUUCAGAUUUGUUUUAUAUAUGAAUUUUAAGAAUUCUGUAAGAAAAAGAAAUCACUUUUUUUCAA